AUGAAGAACUCGAAGAAGAAGACGCGGCGACAUACGCGCGAUCUCGACCAGAUCCACGCCGACCUGCGCGACGAAAAGCACCUUUCGCACUUCAAGGACGCAAAGGCCACCGAGGACCUGCCGGGGCUGGGCCAGUGGUACUGCAAAGAGUGCGCCAAAUGGUUUGAGAGCGAGGCCAACUUUGAGGCCCACCACAAGGGCAAGGUGCACAAGCGAAGAGUCAAGCAACUGAAGGAAGAGCCGUACUCGCAGAAGGAAGCAGAGGCAGCCGCAGGACUUGCGACCGACAAUGGAAAGCGCACGACAACGCUGAUGGAGGUGGACAACACUGCGGUGGCGGCGUAG